AUGAUUGUGUCCAACGUGAGCAUCAGCUGUGGAAGUGCCAACAGCCCGUGGUGCUCGAGUGACAGCAUCAGUAAUUUGGAAGGGACUACUUCAGACAGGACACUGACCCCGACCGGACACCUGGUCGUCGCUGUGUGUCUGGGUUUCAUCGGUACUUUUGGUUUUUUCAGUAACCUGAUAGUGCUGAUACUUUUCUGUCGCUACAAGAUGCUGCGCUCCCCUAUAAACUGCCUGCUAGUGAGCAUUUCAGUGAGUGAUCUGCUGGUAUGCGUGCUGGGAACUCCGUUCAGCUUCGCGGCCAGCACACAGAGACGAUGGCUCAUCGGACCGGCAGGAUGCGUGUGGUACGGUUUUGUCAACGCUUGCUUAGGCAUCGUGUCUCUCAUCUCCCUGGCUGUACUGUCAUACGAGCGCUACUGCACCAUGACUAGCCCUGCCCAGGCAGAUGCCACCAACUACAGAAAUGUGGGCAUAGGGAUCGCACUCUCUUGGGGCUACUCCAUAGCCUGGACGGUACCCCCGCUUUUCGGUUGGAGCAGGUAUGGCCCCGAGGGUCCUGGGACAACCUGCUCUGUGGACUGGGCCUCCAAAACUUCCAGCAACAUCUCUUACAUACUGUGCCUCUUCACCUUCUGUCUCAUCCUCCCCUUCUUGGUCAUCAUCUUAAGCUAUGGAAAGCUUCUGCAUGGCAUCAAACAGGUGAGCAGGAUCAACACCACCGUCAGCCGCAAGAGGGAGCAGCGCGUGCUCGUCAUGGUGAUCACCAUGGUGACCUGUUUCCUGCUGUGCUGGCUGCCCUAUGGCAUCAUGGCACUCCUGGCCACUUUCGGCCAGCCGGGCCUGGUCACCCCUGAAGCCAGCAUCAUCCCCUCUAUACUGGCCAAGUCCAGCACUGCCAUCAACCCCAUCAUUUACAUCUUCAUGAACAAGCAGUUCUACAGGUGUUUCUGUGCCCUGCUGAAGUGCAAGAUGCCAGAGAGGGGUUCCAGCAUCAAGACCUCAUCCAAGGUCAUAAAGUCUCUCCGAACAGUACGCAGAGCCAAUGGCCACAACAUAACCAUCGCCGUGGCGUCCGUUGGCCAAGGCACUACCUUUGUGCAUGAAAGCGGCCCUCGUUAUGGAGUCUCUUUGGGCGCCGGUACUGCUGGGAACUCACUACCAGUAGCAAGCAGGCCUGUGGUCUCACUUGUGGCCCAUUACAAUGGCUGAGAGAUGGGUGGAGAGGACGAGGAGUGUCAUAGAAACUUUUGGAAAAGAUCGGCAGAAGAAAAAAUAUCUGUGGAGUCAGUGAAGAUGGGACUUGUAACAUUUGCAGAAGAGGAAGGAAGGUGUGUUUAGAGCCAGUGGGAGACAUUUGACACCACAAGCUGAGCAGAAUGCUGAGGGUUGUGACAGGAUCUAUUUGCAUAUAGACAGACCUUCAGCUGAUGUGAAUUAUAGAGGGAAAGGAAGCAGAAUUAGCCAAGAAUGUUUCCUUCUUAAAUAUAUAUUCCUUAAUUAUCUGAUUGCAGUGAUAUUCAUUCACUCAUUUGCAAUGCUGUUAAACCACUUCAGGAUGGACAAGUCUUGUGGA